UAUCUGCACAAUGAUACAGCGAUAAUUUCGAUAUGUUCGAUUGAUUUUGAUCGAAUAAAAUUCAAUGAUCAUUCAAUUCUUUUCUUCAAUUAUCAUUAUUAUUCCAUCAAAAUGAUGCAAAACAACAACAACAACAACGGUGGUGGCGGUGGUGACAUGAAUUCUUUGAUUAUUAAACAAAGAAAUUUAAAAUUAAUUUCACAAAAUUGUUUAGCAAUUGGUUUGAUUAGAAAAUUUAAUCAAAAUCAAAAUCAAAAUUCAUCGACGACUAUAUCAACAUCAUCACCAACAUCAUUAUCAAGUAAUAGCCAUCAUCAUCAUUAUCCGAUUGUUGAAAAUGGUCAUUUCAAUAAUAAUAAUAAUAAUCGAUCAAAUCAUAAUAAUAGAAGAUAUCAGAAUAACAAUAGUCCAUCAUCAAUAACAUCGAUGACAACAUCAUCAUCGAUUGCGGCUAACAAUGAUCAACAACAACAACAACAACAAGAGUGCCAAAAACCAAUGGAAUUAUUUAAUGAAUUUAUUCGAAUCAAUUUAAAUAAUCAUCAUAAUCAUUUAUCAACAACAACAACAACAUCGAUUGUAAUAAAUUGUUUUCAACGUUUAACAAUGGCCGGUUUUAUUUAUCCAUCAACAUUAUUAAUAAUGGGUCAAACAUCCGAUACAUUAGAAACAUUGUGUUCAUUAUGGUCAAAACGUAUACUUAAAUCACCGGUUAAUUAUACGAUAAAUUUUGUCGGAUAUACAACCGUAUUGGAAGCGGCUACUAUUAGUCAAUCACAUUUCACACCAUUAGCUGAAGCAUUAUACAGAUGUAUCGAUGAACUAGGAACUAGACAAAUAACAGCUACUUAUGAACAAAUAUUAAAACGUUUAUGUACAGAAUUUCCAAGUGUUGAAUUACCUGCCGAUGAUAUUAUUCGCAGUACAUUGUUAGCAAUGACAGCAGAAAAUAAAUUAAAUUAUGAUAGUUAUUAUCAAACAUAUACUGUUGCAUCAAAUUUUAUAUUACCAUGGGGUAUAAUGGAUGAAUUUGAAAGUCUUUCGUUAUCGGAUCGAACACCACCAAGUAAACAAUAUCAUACUGAAGAUGGUGAUUAUGAUGAAGAUAUUGUUGCUGUUGCUGAUGAUGAUGAUGAUGAUAUGACAAUCGAUUCGAAUAAUAGACAAAAUUUCAAUAAUUUUGAA